AAAAUCUUUUAUUUUUGCAGAGACCUUGAUGUGGAAUAAACCCAUCCUCAGUGGAGUGGCUCCUCUUCCUCGAAGUCUUCACUCUGCUACUACCAUUGGAAACAAAAUGUAUGUGUUUGGUGGCUGGGUACCUCUUGUCGUGGAUGAUGUCAAAGUAGCCACACAUGAGAAGGAGUGGAAGUGCACCAAUACACUGGCGUGUCUUAACCUGGAUACUAUGACAUGGGAGACUAUCUUAAUGGAUAUGUUGGAAGACAAUAUUCCCCGUGCCCGGGCUGGUCAUUGUGCUGUUGCAAUCAAUACACGACUGUACAUAUGGAGCGGAAGAGAUGGCUACCGAAAAGCCUGGAAUAACCAGGUUUGCUGUAAGGACCUCUGGUACUUGGAAACAGAAAAGCCCCUAGCUCCAUCUCGGGUACAUUUAGUUCGAGCAAACACGAAUUCCCUAGAGGUGAGUUGGGGAUCAGUGCCAACAGCUGACAGCUACCUCCUGCAACUUCAGAAAUAUGAAAUACCUCCUGCAGCUGCUGCCACUUCACCAGUGGCCAAUCCAGUUCCGUCUGUGCCUGUCAAUCCUCCCAAAAGUCCUGCUCCAGCUACUACAGCCCCUACAGUGCAGUCCCUUACCCAAGUGGGCAUCACACUUCUCCCUCAAAAUUCUGUGACUCCCCCACCUACUACCCCUAUCCAGGUCUUGCCAACAGUGCCUGGAAGUUCUGUUCCUGUGCCCACUCAAGCAGGUAUCUCCACAGUCCUUAAAGUAACUGGCCCCCAGGCCACAACAGGAAACACAAUAGUCACUGUCCGACCCUCCAGUCAAGCAGGAAAAGCACCUGUCACUGUCACCUCAUUGCCUACUGGUGUACGGAUGGUUGUGCCAACGCCAAGCUCUCAGGACACGGUGAUAGGUAGCAGUCCUCAGAUGAGUGGAAUGGCAGCUCUGGCAGCUGCAGCGGCUGCUACCCAGAAGAUCCCUCCAUCUGUUCCUACAGUGUUGAGUGUUCCUGCAGGCACUACUGUUGUUAAAACUGUAACAGUAUCACCUGGAACUACCACUUUACCAGCUACAGUGAAGGUGGCUUCUUCACCAGUCAUGGUGAGCAACCCAGCUACUCAAAUGCUCAAGACUGCAGCUGCCCAAGUGGGGACAUCUGUCUCAUCAGCUAGCAGUACUCCUACUCGUCCCAUCAUCACUGUUCACAAGUCAGGCACAGUAACUGUGGCUCAACAAGCCCAGGUAGUGACCACUAUUGUGGGCGGAGUCACUAAGACAAUCACAUUAGUGAAGAGUCCAAUCUCUGUUCCAAGUGGCAGUGCUCUGAUUUCUAAUCUUGGCAAAGUUAUGUCAGUAGUUCAAACCAAGCCUGUACAAACCUCAGCAGUAACAGGCCAGGCUUCCACUAACCCUGUGACGCAGAUCAUCCAGACCAAGGGACCUUUGCCAGCAGGGACAAUUCUGAAGCUAGUGACUUCAUCAGAUGGCAAACCUACCACUAUCAUCACAACCACCCAAGCCAGUGGGACAGGAACCAAGCCAACCAUCUUGGGCAUCAGCAGUGUCUCUCCUAGUACCACAAAACCUGGCACUGCUACCAUCUUCAAAACUAUUCCCAUGUCAGCCAUCAUCACCCAGUCUGGAGCAACAGGUGUAACCAGUAGUACUGGAUUAAAGUCUCCCAUCACCAUUAUCACCACAAAAGUCAUGACCUCUGGCACAGGAACACCUGCCAAAAUCAUCACUGCUGUCCCUAAAAUUACUACUGGCCAUGGUCAGCAAGGAGUGACCCAGGUUGUACUGAAGGGAGCCCCAGGACAGCCAGGCACCAUACUCCGUACAGUGCCGAUGAGUGGAGUGCGGCUUGUUACCCCUGUCACAGUGUCAACAGUUAAGCCAACGGUCACCACAUUGGUAGUGAAGGGUACCACUGGUAUUACAACUUUAGGGACUGUAACAAGCACUGUGUCCACCAGCCUUGCUGGAGUCAGUGGACAUAAUGUCAGUGCUUCCCUGGCUACUCCUGUCACCACGAUGGGCACUAUUGCUACCCUUUCAAGCCAAGUGAUUAAUCCUACAGCCAUUACUGUUUCAUCAGCACAGGCCACAAUAACAGCAGCUGGGGCUCUUACCACUCCCACCAUUACUAUGCAGCCUGUGUCUCAGCCCAGUCAGGUGACAUUGAUUACAACACCAAGUGGUGUGGAGACCCAGCCGGUACAUGAUCUCCCUGUCUCCAUCCUGGCCUCAUCUACUACAGAGCAGUCGACUGCCACAGUUACAAUUGCUGACUCAGGCCAAGGUGACAUACAGCCUGGUACUGUGACUUUGGUGUGUUCUAACCCACCAUGUGAAACCCAUGAGACGGGUACCACCAACACAGCAACCUCAAGUGUGGUAGCCAAUCUUGGGGGCUUUUCACAGUCCACACAGGUUCAAUUCAUUUGCAACAGUCAAGACAUUUUAUCACUUGGGCAACACAAUGGCAAUAUGAUGCAGGCUUGCUUCAGCCAACCUUGUGAAACCCCUGAGGCAAGCACUGCCAGCACUUCCACGGGGAUAAAUGCCAACUUAACAAGCCCUCCAACUAUGGGCAUGGGACAGAGUCGAUGUUUAAAUCUUCCACAUGAAACCCACGAAACAAAUACCACCAAUACAGCCACCACGGCCACAUCCACCAUUGGUGGACAAAAUAUCUGCUCCAGUCCACCAUGUGAGACCCAUGAGACAGGAACCACCAGUACAGCCACUACAAUUACAUCCAACACGGGCACCAGGCAACCAGUACCUAUUAGCUUUCAGCAUGAAAAACAUACAGAUGAUACCCUAGCUUCAGUUCAGCCUGUCGUGAGUGGAUCUUGGUCUCCCACCAGGCCUUCUUGUCAAACUCAUCAGAGUAACUCAGCCAACAUUGUCCUGACUAUGAAAUCCACAGAGGUAACCUCAGCAACCAUCAUUCAAAUUUGCCAAAAGUCCUUAUUGAAAGAUAUCACCACUAGUAUUGGUGCUAAGGGGCUUUAUACUCAGAGUAUUAAAGCUGAGCAAACAAGCUCUUCUACUGUGGGCAAUAUCAUGUCAGUUUGUCAUUCUGAGACACAUCACAUUCACAAAACCAUGGGACAGCUGAAUAUAGAUGCCAGGGAUACUAUUGAGACACAGACAUCCACUAAGUAUUUCUGCCCAGUAGAUCAAAACAAUUUGACCAUAACUACAAGCGCCACAGAAAUGCAGUGUCCCCACCUACCUUCUGAUCCUCUUUGUGAAACCUGUAAGAUUGAUAUUACCGCAUCUGUGGACAGUGUCCAACAAGUGUAUUACAAACCACUAUGUGAAAUCCAUAAAACACAUAUAAAUACAGCCACUACUACAACCUCCCUUAUAGUCAGUCAUAAUAAUAGUAUACAGCAAACAGUUAGUGCUGUAGAGGCAAUUAUUGGUAAGAACCAAGAGUCUCCUUGUGGUCCCAGCUCUCCCCACCAAACGUUGGAAACAGUUUCAGAUUUGGUGGUGGUAUCACCUACUGCCACAACAAUUCCCAGGACCAGACCCCACUUAGGAAUCACUUCUGGACAAAAGCUGUGUUCUAAUCCCCCAUGUGAAACACAUGAGACGGGUACUACACACACAGCUACUACUGUCACCUCAAAUAUGGGCUCUAGUGAAGCUUCUCCACCAACUACUAAUGGACAAGAAAAUAUAGGGAACACCCAAGGGACUUCUGCAAUUACCACCAAUUGCAGCAGUGUGACACCAGCCAUCUCUACCCAGUCACAAGCAGUGACCACUGUGACACAGUCUGCAUUGAUCCCCAGUUCUUCGGUUCCAGUGAGAACUCUAAAUGGAAACAUCUCACUAAUGAUAGAAAUGCCUCAAGAGGAGAAGACUAACAAAGUUCCUGAUACAGAUGCAAUUUCAAGGACUCUACCUAGCACAGAGGCACCUCUUUCUGCUGCACAUAUCUUAGAUGAAAUAAAAACUAAGCAAGAGUCAAGAGAGAAAUUGCUACCACCUCUCCUACAGCCACCUAUAGAGGAACAUUCACAGGCUCUGGAGAACUAUCUGUCUGUGGACACAAAUAAUGCCAAAGAAUUCCCACCAGAUCAAGAUCCUAACAGUUCAGGUAUGAUAGUGCAACAUGCUGAAGUUGAUCAGCUUUCUCUGCCCCAUGAGUUGAUGACUGAGGGACAGAUGGGCACCACAACACUGAUGAUUUCAGGACUUUCCCCAGAAGAGCUUGCAGUCACUGCAGCAGCUGAGGCUGCAGCCCAUGCAGCAGCCGGUGAGGAAGCCCAAGCUUUGGCCAUACAAGCUGUACUACAGGCUGCCCAGCAAGCUGUAAUGGGCACUUCAGGAGAUCCCAUGGACACAUCAGACACGACAGUGACACAGUCAGAACUAGGACACCUGCCCACGGAAGCCCAGGAGGGGCAGUCUACUGCUAUGCCCAUUGUAUUGACCCAGCAAGAGCUUGCUGUCCUGGUACAACAGCAACAUCAGAUGCAGGAGAUCCACACCCAGCCACAACAGCAACAUCAACACUAUGUCCCUACUGAGGCCCUAGCUCCUGCUGAUAGUCUCAACGAUCUGGCCACUGAGAGCAGUGGCCUUAGUGAUGCAGCCAGUGCUGUUACUAGCACAGUAACUCUAAUGUCUUCUGCAGCUGUAGAAAGUCUGGCAACAUCCAGUACAUUUGUGGCCCCUCCUAUAGUGGUAGCCAGCCCAGCCAAACUUCAGGCUGCAACUGCCUUGACUGAGGUAGCCAAUGGUAUCGAGUCAGUAUUGAAGCCUGAACUACCACCCCCAUCCAUCAAAGCACCAGUGAAAAAGGAAAACCAGUGGUUUGAUGUGGGUGUCAUCAAAGGCACCAACAUGAUGGUUACUCAUUAUUUCCUGCCACCUGAUGAUGUUUCAGUCAUGGAUUAUGAUUCCAGCGUUACCCCUGACUAUAGCCACCUGAAAAAGCAGGAGUUACAGCCAGGCACAGCCUAUAAGUUUCGAGUAGCAGGGGUCAAUGCCUGUGGCCAAGGACCUUUCAGUGAGAUCUCAGCCUUCAAAACGUGUCUUCCUGGUUUCCCUGGGGCCCCCUGUGCCAUUAAAAUCAGUAAAAACCCAGAAGGUGCUCAUCUUACCUGGGAACCACCUUCAGUUAUUUCAGGCAGAAUCACUGAAUACUCUGUAUACCUUGCCAUUCAAAGCUCCCAGUUAAGUGAGCAGAAGAGCUCAGCCCCAGCUCAGCUAGCUUUCAUGCGUGUUUACUAUGGGCCUAAUCCAUCCUGCUUAGUGAAGUCUUCCAGUCUUUCCAAUGCUCACAUUGACUAUACCACCAAGCCUGCUAUCAUCUUCAGAAUUGCUGCCAGAAAUGAGAAGGGCUAUGGCCCUGCAACCCAAGUCAGGUGGUUACAAGAAUCUAAUAAAUAUAGCUCUAAUGCAAAGCCUGCCAACAAGCGGCCAUUGUUCUCCCCUGAAAUGAAAUCAGCUCCAAAGAAAUUCAAGGCUGAUGGUCAGUAAAAGAAAGCUGAAUAAGUUCCUUCUUAUGCAGGACGCUCCACCCUUACUUUCAUCCUCAACUCUACUUCUGAGGCACUACUUACCACCCUUCAACUGUAUCGUGUGAACUGCUAGACAGUAAUUCUUUUGUCAUUUUUUUUUGUUGGGGAUUGGUGAGUGAGGUGAUUUGGAAGAAAACUAAUGUUACCAUUAACUUAAGAAUGGGAAAAUGGGCAAACUUACAAACUUGUAAUUUAUGCCUACACUAUAGCUUUUCUCAGACCUGUGAAUUCAGAUCAUUUUAGCUAAGGAUCAAGCCUCAUGGGUAAAAGUCAUGGUGAUGGGAAAAAGACAUUCUGUUACCUCCAUCUGUCCUUCGGACCCAUAUAUGUUCAGCUACUCCAUGGGAAGACAGUUUUUCUUCUUCUGCAUUCAAAGAGAGGGUAUAUAAAUACUUAAAAAGAAAAGGCUGGCAGUAAAAUGGAGAUGUUUAUCCCCACAUUCCUCAUUCCUGUGGAUAAUGUUCUGUCUUUCUAAUGUAAUGAUCUGUGAAUUUUCUUGCAUUAAUCAGUUUGUUGAGUCACUACUUUUUUUUUGUCUUUGAGCAUUUCUUUAAAUUUGUUUGCUCUUAUCUCCUCAUUAGCAACUCUGCAGAAGAGUAUCAUUCAGAGCCCUCUUACCCCAAAUUCAUAUAUCCCUUGUUACAUGAAUAUUACUAUCUGUGGAGAUGACCACAGGUUGGAGGCCUUUUGUGGGCAAAUUUUCAUCAAGAAAGGUGGAAAGCCCCUGCCUUGAGCUGCUUCCUCACCCCCUCACCUGUUAAAACCCUGUGUGGGGUCAUAGAGAAGAGGUAAUGUUAUAAACUAAAAAAGUUGAAGUUGAUAGAACAAUGUCAGUGUUUUUAUUAUGCUCUUUAAAGUAUGUGAGAUAUUUCAUUUUUAUUUUUUGCCAGCCAUGUACAGAAUGAGUGUAUGUGUAUCUGUGUAUAUAAUGAUAUUUUUUUCCUAGUUAGUGUCAGAUGUGGGAACAUUAAAGGAAGAAAGCUGGGGGGUAAUUGGGAACUAGAGUGAGAAAAUGACUGCCCACUGCCUGCAGAAGGAGAUUCGUUGGCAUUAUUAAGAAAGUUGUUUUGUUUUGGAGGGGAAGCUAUCUACUCUGGUACUAUUGGCAUUUUUAUUUUUAGUUUUAGUUUUAGUUUUAGUUUUCUCUCUUGAUUUACCUUUUUUGGGUAAUCAAGACAAAACAAAAUUUUGAGUCAUCAAAUCUUAUACUGUUCCCAAUAGAAUUUGAGAGAAGAGAUGCCUUAUUCUAUGUGGCCUCAAUCUACAAGGAUCAAAUCUAGAUAGAAAAUAUAUUAUCUUUUUUUAUAACAAUAUGUGGGGAAGAUGGAAAAUAAAAGGACAAAUUCAAACUUUGUUGAGCAAAUAUCACACAAACAUUAAAAGCUGAAAACUAGGUCUUAGUUUGAAAAAUAUUGAAGUUUAUGAAUAUCUCUACACCAGUGUAAGGGAAACAAAGAUGGUUGUGAUAAGGAAGAAGUGUACCCACGUAGGCCACCUGAAAUUAGAAAAUUCUAUAAAUUUAUAAUUUUUUUUUCCAUCUUAGUCUGUCGGUAUUCUCAGAGAGAAGAGUCACUGAGUGGGACUAAACAAUAUAAAAAAGUAGGGUUGUAAGAGGAACAUCCUUUUCCUCAUAUCUUAUUUUUAAAAUUGUCAUUGCUGUACAAAUUCCAUUUCUCAAAUUUAGCUUUGGAAGCCCAUGCAGAAUUUUGCCUUUGUUUCUAGUACAAUGGGAAAAUAUAGUUACUCUCUUCUUGCGUUCUUUUCCACAAGUCUACCUCACCACCAUUUUUCCUCCACAAACCCUACAAGAGCUUUAGAGUUUCUGUUCUUUUGUAUUAUAGUUAUUUCAGUGUGAAAUAUUUUACUGUUUAAUCAUUUGUAUUUCUACUUGCCCAAUACAUGUUUUCCUUUGGUCUUCUUUAUUCUCCAUUUUUUGAGGGAAAACAGCCAACUUUAUAAUGCAGAAGAAAGAUCCCCUGGUAACUCAGUAUUAGCAUUGUGCUAUGUUGUUUUUGUGCUAUUUUGAACAAUUAAAAUGACUUUUUUUAAAAUAA